AUGCAGCUCUCUCUGCUGCUCCUCCCGCUCUUCUCAGCAGCAGUCGCUGAGCCAGAUCCAUUCUCAUUCCAAGCGCCCUUUCUCAGAAAGCCAUUCCGACCAGCAGCCGCACACACAGCAGCGACAUCUCCUAAAAGUUACGACGGUCAUGUUGCGCUCAGGGUCCCCUACACUACAUCAGAAGAGGUGGCCAUCCUCUACAAUGUCUCCAGUCACAUGAACCUCGAUAUCUGGUCAAAAACGCCUGCAUACGUGGAUAUUGCAUUGCGUGAAACACAGCUAGAUGCGCUCUACCGACAAAUUCCAGCAUCCCUGUACGAAAACGCACGACCUUUGGUGCGCAAUCUGGGCCAAUCAGUCAGGCGUAGCAUGCCAGAUGCUAGCAAUGACUUUUUGAGUACCCUGGCAACGACGACAGACAUUCAUGACGCCUUCUUUAGCGAUUUUCAAACAAUCGAAGCAGUCAAUGCCUUGAUGACCUUGCUCGUGGCCAUGCAACCUAGCCAUACGUCGCUCGUCAAUCUAGGCAAGUCUUUUGAAGGUCGUGACAUUCUCGGCGUCAAAAUUGCAAAGCCUGAGCAGAAGAGUACAAAGAAGAAGAGCAAGAAGCAAGCGAAACGAAAACUUGUUUUAGUCACGGGCGCUCAACACGCUCGCGAAUGGAUCUCAGUGUCAAGUGUUGCCUAUCUUGCACAUGCCCUUGCAACAGGCAACAAUGGUGAUGCACAAAUUGCAGAAUUGACAAAUCACUUUGACUGGGUGUUUUUGCCAACGCUCAAUGUGGAUGGAUACGACUAUAGCUUCCAGGACCGACUCUGGCGUAAGAAUCGCCAACCCACAUCCGUUCCAUUUUGCAAAGGAAUCGAUCUCGAUCGGAAUUGGGACUUUGGAUGGGAUGAGCAGCAGCAUGUCCUCUCCAACCCAUGCAGCGAAAACUAUCAAGGCGCAAAAGCGUUUGAAGCACAGGAAACAAAGCUCAUGUCACAAUACAUGACUUCUCUGAAGAAGGAAUACAAUGUGCUUGGCUUCUUGGACUUGCACUCGUACGCACAAACCAUUCUCUACCCCUAUGCACUUUCCUGCAAGCUCAACGUCCGCGACGAAGAAACCUUGCUAGAGCUUGGCAUCGGUGCCAGUCGUGCCAUGAAGCACAUUUCUGGUGAAACGUAUCAGACUGAAUCUGCCUGCAAUCAAGAUGGCCACAUCCUUGCUGGUGUCAAUUCCGGAGCUGCAUUGGACUGGGUGUAUCACUCCGGUGUCGAGUGGAGUUUCGUUAUCAAGUUGAGGGAUACAGGCAACUACGGGUUCUUGGUACCAAAGGAAGAGAUUGUACCCAAUGGUGAAGAGAUGCUUGCUUUCCUCAAGUACUAUGGUGAAUUCAUCUCUACCAGGUAG